UUCACCUAAAAUUAAAAUCCCUAAAACUUUCACUUCUCAGCCAUCUAGGGUUUGGGUUUCCUGCGACAGCUUCUCUUGCUCUCUCAUUUUCAUUGCAGCAUCGCCAUGGCGGAACAGACGGAGAAGGCUUUUCUCAAGCAACCCAAGGUUUUCCUAAGCUCUAACAAAACUGGAAAGGGAAAGAGACCUGGCAAAGGUGGAAACCGUUUUUGGAAGAGCAUUGGGUUGAGUUUCAAGACCCCCAGAGAGGCAAUUGAAGCGACGUACAUUGACAAGAAAUGCCCAUUUACUGGCACUGUUUCUAUUAGAGGCCGCAUUCUGGCUGGUACUUGCCAUAGUGCUAAAAUGAAUAGGACUAUUAUUGUUCGGAGGAAUUACCUUCACUUUAUCAAGAAAUAUCAAAGGUACGAGAAGAGGCACUCUAAUAUCCCAGCUCACAUAUCACCUUGCUUCCGUGUUAAAGAGGGAGACCAUGUUAUCAUUGGCCAAUGCAGGCCAUUGUCAAAGACAGUGAGGUUCAAUGUGUUGAAGGUUGUUCCAGCAGGUUCCUCUGGUGGUGUAAAGAAGGCUUUCACAGCCAUGUGAGAAGCUUUAAGUAAUUUAUAUUACCAGAGAAAGGCUCAUGUGAGAUGAUUGUGUUUUGUGGUCAUCUAGAUAAUUUCAUGUUAAGUCUUUAUGACUCUAGUUUGAUUUUAGUUCCUUAUACUGUUGAUGGAGGUUCGAUCUGCAAAAUGUUAUGAUGAAUCUCACAUUUUUGAAGAUUUUUAUCUUAUUACUUAGGUUUUGAUGAAUUAAAUAUCCUUUUUGUUCUGUUA